AUGGUACGCAAGUCAAUGGGCAGGAAGGUGCCCUGCAAACAGCUGGCCACCAAGAACGCGUCAACCAUGGACAGCAUGAAGAAGCUACACUGCUACUGGCCCGACACCGACCUAUGCUUCCAGAACUCGGCCAUCACAGCGCUGCAGGAGGCGUGCAAGGCCUACCUGGUGAGGCUCUUCGAGGACACCAACCUCUGCACAUUCCCCGCCAAGAGCAUCACCAUCAUGCCCAAGGACAUCCAGCUGGUGUGCCGCAUCUGCAGAGAGAGGGUGUAA